AUGGUGGAAGGAGGGCAUAGAUAUUAUAAGGAAUUCCUGUCGGUUGGUGCUUGCCGACGGGUGUUUGGAGGUCGGCAUGCUGCUGUUCAUACCAUGUCUGAUAAAUUAUUAGGUAAUGGCGACGUCAAAGUAUUGGCGAGUGGUGAGCACGAUGGUUCUAUUUGCCUUUGGUCCCUUAGUUCUAGUGGUAGACGGUACAGACAAGCUUUAAAGGCUAAAUUUUGCGGGGAUCAGAAACCUGUUAAAUGGAUGUCAGUCGUUGGGAACAAACCUUCAAACUUAGUGACUAUGUCAGGGGAUUCUAAGGUGAGAGUUUGGGACACAACUAAAUUAUCAGAUAAUCGUUGCGUGGGAUUGACUUCUGUGCGCCGUAAACCUGUGGACAUGAAAUGCCAUGAAAACUUACUCUAUGUCGCAGCUGAUUCUUCUGUCGUAGUACUCGAUUUGAGAAUAAUGCAAAAAGUUAGCACUGCAGCAAUAUGCAAACCAAAAAUAUUCUCUCUCACGAUUAUGCCCUCAAAAUCUUUAGUCUGUACUGGCGGAUUGAAUAAGGCAAUGCUUUGGGAUAUCAGGAAAGGGCAGGAGAGAUGGAAACUAGAACCAGUCACUGAGUUGUAUGGUCGUCAUCAGACUCCAGUAACACAUUUACACAUGGAUCCGUAUAAAAUAAUUACCGGAGGAUUUGAGAGUAACAUUGUUGAAACUUGGGAGACAGACACCGGCAAAAAAACAAUAUCCUUCUUUUGUACUCAUCCGCAGUAUAGAUUUAACCGUGGUUGUUCAGCCAUGGCCGUAAAUGCAUGUAGAAUUGUUGCUGCCUGUCAUGUGGGAGUCAGGGGAUUUAUUCAUUUUACCGAUUUCUCCAGUGCAACUCGUCCGCUUUAGGAACGGUUUUUGAGGUACAUGAUCAUAUAUACAAAGAAUCAUUGGCUGAAA